AUGAUCACCAGGGGUUCAUUCUCUCUUGUUGUUACUCUUGGGUCUUGUAACAAAAAGACUAACCUAUGCUUUUCUACUCCAUUGCUUCUUGGGCAAAAGAUGCCUUCUAUUAAUACAUCACUAUCAUCAUUAUUGGCAUCGCCUUCAAAAGCUGCGCAUGUUUUUGACUCACAUCCAUUGAUGAUGAUAGAACCGGCAGAUGAGAAAGACAAAGAUGGCAGGAGUUUGUGCCGUUUCUAUGAUUACGUAAAUGAAAAAGUUGUAAAUACCAAUACGAAGACCCCUGAAGAGAUUGAUCAUGCAAUAUGUGUUGGGUCAUCUCAUGGUUGGCUGGCUUAUGUCUCUCGUCUUGAUUGCUCCGUUUUUCUUUGGAGUCCCUUCACAACUUCUCCACUCAUCUCGCUUCCUCCCAUUCAUACACUACCUCGUGACGAGUUUGAUGAAGAGAAAGCGUAUGAAUGUGAUAAUGAUAUUGGGUUCAAAGUAGAAUUUGAAUAUUUAGGUCAAAGCCGAAGAUACGCAAAACGUUUGAGGCAUAUUAUACGCAAGAUUAUUUUUUCAUCUAUUCCAACAAGUGAUGAUUGCAUCGUAGUGGCUUUGUCUAAUCUCAAUACUUGUCGCAAUAUUAUUUUUUGUAAACCUGGAGACAAGUCAUGGACCUUUAUAGACCUGCCUUUUAAGAAAUAUUUCCACAUUGCAGAUAUCAUACAUUUCAAGGACCAAUUGUUCUACGCUGUAUCCGAUUGUGGACUUAUUUUAUACACAUAUGAUCUUGCUGAUCUUUCUUCUCCAAAGAGUUACCAUGUCAAAAAUUCUUUCAAAUGUGAACUAUUGUCCUCAUUUGAAGGAUACCCAACGAGAUGGUGCGAACAAAGAUAUUAUUUGGUUGAAUCAUUAGGCGAUCUUCUGUGGGUUUGUAGGCAUGUUACUGACUAUUGGAAUGGGACCGGUUGUGGUACUUUUCCGGACAGGACAAUUACGUUUGAAGUUUAUAGAUUGAAUUUCUCUCGGAAUACAUGGGAGUCUACUAAAUGCAUUGGUGAGCAAGUUUUGUUUUUAGGUACUAAUCAAUCUCUCUCUCUUUCAGCUCGGGACUUUCCUAGUUUGAAAGCAAACUGCAUAUACUUCACGGAUGAUUCUUGUAAAACAUAUCAAUUAUAUCCUCCUUAUGGGUUCCAUGAUUUUGGACAUUACGAGUUAGGAAGAGUUACAUUUGGGGAAUUCAAAUUUGCGCAUCAACCAAAAGGAUUCUGGGUUAUGCGCAAUUUUCAUUAA